CUCUUUUUUUUUUUUUAUUUUUUUAUGAAUAAUACAAAAAUAGUAUGAGUGAAUAUCAUGUUGUAACAACGAUAAUGAGUCCAACAGCCAUAACCUGUGCUGUCAAAGGCAACUUUAUUUAUCCGGAUAAAGAAAACUUGAUCAUAAGCAAAGGGACAAAAAUAGAAAUAUAUUCAAUUUUGAACGAAGGCAUUGAACUAUACAAACAUUUCGACAUUUAUGGAUUUAUUCGAAAGCUACAUACAUGCACGAUACCCGGUCGAAAUACUUGUUCAUUAUUCAUCUUGACAGAAAAAAACUAUUACACAAUUAUAAGUUACGAUGUUCAUAAUUCUAAAUUUGUAACUGAAAAUCACGGUCUACUUGAGCAUUCUUUGGCAAGAGAAACAGAGGAAGAGGAGCAUGUGGUUGUCGACCCCCGCACUAACAUGAUUCAUAUCAGUGCACAUACAGGUUUCAUUUUUUCCAUUCCCUUUUGGAAGAAACCAGAUCUUAAAGGAAAAUCAAGAGAAUCUAGACAUGAAGUGUUUUCUCCUAUUCCAGUUAGAACUUAUGAGUUUGAUUUUUUGUCCAUGGUGGCAUUAAAGGGUAUAAAGGCAUCACAAAUUGCAGUACUAGUAGGUCGCAUAAACGAAAUCAAGACUAUAAAGUCAAUGAAAUUUCAAACAAUUGAUGAUCAGUUGCAUGAGGAUGUAACAGUACAAGUAGAAGCAACUACACAUACGCUGAUUGCUGUUCCUGACCCUAUUGGAGGUGUACUUGCAAUAGGAGAAUAUAUCAUUUCUUACCAUGAUUUAUUGUCUUCAGGAUCUGCGCCCAAGGAGCUAAGUAUUGAUCCUGUCAUUAUCACUGCACAUACUUUUUUAAAUAAUAGUUAUACACAUUGUAUAAUUGGGGAUUCAGAAGGCACAUUAUAUAUGUUGACAUUAGAGAUAAAUAAUAUGAAAGUGAAUAGCAUUUCGAGCACAAUUAUAGGAAAGGCUUCAAUACCCAAUUCAAUUGUGGAUUUGGGUAAUCAAUUAUUUUACAUUGGUUCUUCACAAGCUGAUCCUUGUAUCAUAAGGUUAAUUACUCAAGGUCAAGAUAAAUUUAGUAUUGAAGUUUUAAAUACCUUUCCAAGCCUUGCACCUAUUCUUGAUUUUUGUUUGUUUGAUUAUGAUCAACAAGGGAAGCAAACAAUGGUAUGUUGUUCUGGUGUUGAUAAGGAAAGCACUUUACGUGUAGUUGAAUAUGGAGUUGAAUUUAAUGUGGAAGGGCAAUUGGAUAUUCCAUUAAUUAAUGAUGUAUGGGCUUUUUCUUCAAAUAAUAGCGAAUCAAAUGAUACCCUACUUGUUUCAAAAGAUGAAGAAACUUGUAUAUUAAAGUCUGCCAAUACAAAUGAAAUAAAUUAUGCUUUUAUGUUAGAUACUAUCACAAGAACGAUUACAAUGACAAAAGCAGGAUAUUUACUUCAAGUGACGCCAUUCCUUGUUCGAUUAAUACAAGCAAAUCAAAUAUUGGAUGAAUGGAAGCCACCUAAAGGACAAGAAAUCAAACUUGCUAAAGCAAACAGUACAACAUGUAUUGUAUGUUAUGAAGAUGGCAUACUUGUUUAUUUGGACUGUACUGGGAAUACAUUAAGAGAAAUUUGUGUAAGGGAUUUUGUAGAUAUUUCAUGUAUAAACAUAAGUGUACACACAGAAAAUGGAACACCCCAUGACUAUGUAUUGAUUAGUAUGUUAACACAACCUAGAGUGAUGAUAUUAAGAUUAGAAACAUUGAGUCCUAUAAUGGAGUUUACUUUGGAAAGUUCUAUAAGAGCAGCAGAUUUAUUAAUGAUAAAAUUAGAAAGUACACUCUAUUUUAUGAUUUUAUCCGGUGAUGGACAAUUACAAAGUUGUGAAAUGCAGUUUAAAGAAAAUAAGUUUAUAUGUCAGAAGAAGAAAUCAUCAACAGUAGGAACAUAUUGUACUGGCAUGUAUCCUUAUUAUCAUACAGGUCAACAAAAGGUGUUUAUUUCAGGCAGUCAACCUACUGUCAUUACUAGCUUUAAUGAUACCUUGUUCUUUUCAACAGUUAAUUUAAAAAAUAUUCGUGGAUUUUGUUUAUUAAAUGAUCGCAUCGUUUUAACAACAGAUCAUGGUAUUUUAUGGGGACAAAUUGAUGUACUUCAGAAGCUUCAUCACACGAGAAUUGAUUUAGGAAAUGAUAUGCCUACACGUAUUCAAUACAUGAAACUAGCCAAAGCUUUAGCUGUCAGUACAAUUUCAAUUUGUAAAAAUGAAUUCAAUGAAUUGAUAACACGAAAGGGUAAACUUCAAAUAUUAGACGCUUUAACAUUUAAAGCCAUGGAUAGUUGUGAGUUACUUGAAAAUGAAAUUGUGGAAAGUAUGACGAUGGCACAAUUUAGAGAGUAUCCUAAUCAAGAAUAUUUAUUUGUGGGAACUGCUAUUGAGGAUACUGAAGAAGGAGAUAUCAAUCAUGGUCGAAUCUUGGUAUUUAAUAUAAAAGAAAAUCAGAAAAUUGAAUUGAUUGAAGAAGUUGAAGAACCAGGCGUAGUGUAUAGUAUAAAAGCCUUUCAAAAUUCAGUAGUGGCUGGUAUCGAUGAUUCUAUCUAUUGUCUCGAGAAAUUUAGCCCAGAUUUAAGAAAAGGAGAUCGCAUUCAAUUUUGUUGUAAUCGAGUAGAGAAUGUAUUACCUUUGCAUUUAGAUACAAGAGGGAAUCAAGUGUUAGUAGGAGAUCUUAUGCAAUCUAUGUAUGUAUUAAGAGCGUCGAAAAAUAAUCCAGUUAAAUUAGAAUUAGCAGCCAAUGAUUCAGAACCUGCAUGGAUGACAUCAGUUAAAUUUGUAAAUGAUCGUAUAUAUAUUGGAGCUGAUGAUGGACGUAAUUUAUUUACAUUAUCUGCUGCACAGUCUAAUAAAGAGAAUGAUACCAGUACACAUGAUAAAAAUGGGAGCGUUAUUAAGAUGGAAUGGAAAGGAGGAUUUCAUGUUGGCUCAAUGAUUAAUCGCAUGAGAUCAGAUACCAUUUCAAGUAGUGUAGUUCUAACAGGCUCCAAUGUAAGCCCUUAUGAAAAUCCUUUUACAUUUGUUACAGUGGCGGGAUCAAUUGGAACUGUGAAAUCGAUAUCACUUCAAUCAUUUAAACUUCUUCGCAUAUUACAAGAAGGCGUUUUAAGUAAAAAAGAAAAUAUUGGAGGACUAAAAUAUCAUGAAUGGCGUAUGUUUAAACCUAAGAUUGGACUCAAUACAAGACAUAGUCCACAUGUAGAAGCCAGUAACUAUAUUGAUGGAGAUAUUAUUAAUGAGUGGAUUCAAUUACCAAUAGAAGCCAAAAAAGAAAUCAUAAGUCAAUCUCCUGUAUUUAGUGAAAAGACUAUAAAAGACAUUGAUCAGUUUGUUCAUAGUUUAAUAUAUUAAAUUUUUGUAUGUAUAUUAAAAGAUAGUUUUGACUAUCUGUUUUAUAAAUGAACAAAGAAAGAUAAUGAAUACACAUAAAUAGUAUGAAACAUGUAUAAUGAAAACAAAGGGAAUAAAACAUAAGAUCAAGUUUGUUGUAAAGAUUGACGAUAUUCAUGACUUUAAACAUCUUGAAGAAGAAGAGUCCAGUGAACUACACAAUAGUGAUUCCACUACUAUUGACAUUCUUCAAAUCCAUGAAAUGUAAAACCUUGAUACAACAAUAAGUAUCAAAAGAAAAGGUCCCACAAAUAAUACUAAAACAAAC